AUUUUAUGCGACACAUAAGUAGCCACACAUAAACCUUGCCUUCCUAAUCUCAAGUCCUCACAAAACUUGUAAUAAUAAUAAGAAUAAGAUGAUGAAAAUGGGGGCGAUAGAACAGGAGAAAGUGCACCCUGCUGCAACUUGUCAUGGUAAGAAGGGCAAAGACGUGAUCAACGUGAACAAAAGACGGUUCAACGAUACACAAAUCGAGUCGCUGGAGAAGAUGUUCGAGGCGAAGGCGAGGCCAGAGCUUGUGGCAAAGCAGGAGCUGGCUGAGAAUCUCGGACUCCAGCCUCGCCAGGUCGCCAUAUGGUUCCAGAACAAGAGGGCUAGAUCCAAGUCAAAGCAGAUGGAGCAUGACUACAUGCUUCUCAAGAUGAGUUAUGAUCAUCUCCAAACCCAGUUUCAAACGUUGAAGAAAGAACACCAUGCCCUUCUCAUCCAGUUACAGAGUCUUAGGGAACAGACUGAAGAAAAUUGCGGAAAUGAGACUGAUAAUGAUGACAGAACAAAUGCAUUAGCAAAA